AUGGAUAGUGCAUCCUCGAGUUGCGGUUUAUCGCAGAGCAGAAUUUAUUCAGAAGCAGAGAUUCGUCAGAGAGAUAUGGUCUAUAAGUAUUACAGGGAGAGCAAAAUCAUAUGGAAAUAUGACCCAGUGCCGAAUGGAUGGUGUGUUUAUAAUGCGUUAGCUCAAGGCAUGUUGGACUUUCCAGUUAUAAUUGCAGAGAAAAUUCCUCAUGUUGUGAGAAAUAUUUUGUUGAAAUGUUUACAUACUUUUCAUGAAGGCUUUUUGGAAUUUUUUGGUCGUUAUUGGUACAUGAAGCAUGAACAGGCCUUACAGGCAGAACCAGAUACUGAGAAAAAUGACUGGUGGGGAAUUACACCAGAUAUUUUCUGGAUAGCCGUUGUUGCCUAUCAGAAACCGGUGCUGAUCGGCGGCCAUGGGCAUGAAAAAAACAUCACCCUUUUUGAUAUACCGAGUAAGCAACCUUUAGUCGAAGGUCAAAAAUUUGACAGGCCGCCGUGCCUUUUCCUACAAAGACAUUAUCAUAUUUUAGUCUACAGUGUUCGUCGACAUACUCAACGAAAGCACCAUAAAAUCUUGCAAUCACGUUCGAAGGCUCAUCAGACUAGUAACUCUGUAGCAUAUAGUGAAAUAAAUGUCAAAAAAUAUAAAGCAGCGGAAGUUGUACAUGGUUGCCCAUCAUGUAACAAGACUUUUAAAGAAAAGGAUGAACUUACAGCGCAUAUAGGUGGUGAACAUAUAAUAAGUAUUAAGCAAGAGACAGUCGGUGGUAUCUUAACUCACUGGAUAGUCGACGGAGAUGAUAUCUCUGUCAAGUUUCAUCAGUUUCGGCAGGUAGCCAUAAGCCUUCGAGAGAGUAGAGGGCUGCACAUUAAAGAAAAUAUAGACUAUAUAUUAGCAUUAUCACAUAUACUUAUUUUAAGAAAGGAAACAAAACUCUUUAGUUUACCAGGAGAUUUUUUUGCCAGAGAACUACAACAAAAAUUGUAUCAAUAUAUGCAGCAUAUAUAUCAAUACCCACAACUGUUUGACUCCUUUCUUAAAAAGAAGUUGAAGAAAAUUAUAAAAAGAUACGUGCAAAAAAAAAUUGAAACCGAUGAGGCGAGAUAUAAAAUAUUUCGUCUGAUGAGAAAGAUAAAUGGUAGUCAGCGUGCUGUUCUACGUACAGUGCAAGCAGUUGUCCCAGCUGCAUACGAGCACAGUACAUUUCCUGUAUCGGAAGCACAACUGAUCUCUGACUAUGUGCAUCCUUUCUUGCAAGCUUUGCUUGCGGCUUACAGCCCUCAAUGUGUACCCCAUGUGUAA